AUGGACCACCAAAUGCCCUACAGCGCGUAUCAGCGCGCUAUGGGCUACCCCGAGACCCCGGGACUAGGCGCCGGUGGAAUGGGCCAACCGCCGCCUGGGUAUAUGAACGCGAUGGGCCUACCUCAACAAGUCGAAGCUUCGCUCGACGAGAACGGACAGAUAUUCCAACUCGUGAUCAAUCUCAUGAGUCCGGAUACGCGUGAGAAUGCGUUGCUGGAGCUGAGCAAGAAACGCGAGCAAUACGAGGAUCUCGCGAUUAUUCUCUGGCACUCGUUCGGCAUCAUGCCCGCGCUACUGCAGGAAAUUGUCUCUGUAUACCCCAUGCUCUCUCCGCCUAAUCUCACGGCGCACGUCUCGAACCGGGUCUGCAACGCACUCGCUCUGUUGCAAUGCGUCGCGUCGCAUGCAGACACGCGACAACUAUUCCUGAAUGCCCAUAUACCGCUCUUCCUCUACCCCUUCCUCAAUACCACCUCCAAAACGCGUCCGUUCGAAUACCUCCGCCUGACCUCCCUGGGCGUCAUCGGCGCACUCGUUAAGCAAAACGACAAUACCACCGUCAUCCACUUUCUCCUUUCGACAGAGAUCAUUCCUCUUUGUCUCCGCAUAAUGGAGACCGGUUCUGAGCUCUCAAAGACUGUCGCGAUCUUCAUCGUCCAGAAGAUCCUCCUCGACGAGACAGGGUUGCAGUACAUCUGCCACACUUACGAGCGCUUCUACGCCGUCAGUACUGUGCUCAGUAACAUGGUCGGCCAGCUCGUGGAUAGUCAGGCCGUCCGCCUUCUCAAGCACGUCGUGCGCUGCUACCUGCGCCUCAGCGAUAACCCGCGCGCUCGCGAAGCAUUGAGAGCCUGUCUUCCAGAGGCUCUGAGAGACAAUACGUUUAAUAACCUACUCAAGGGUGAUAUGGUGACCAAACGGUGUCUCACUACUCUACUCAACAACCUGAACGCCGAAAUUUGA